AUGCCGUCUGAAAUCGAGAAUCCACGAAUACUUAUAAUGAUUAAUAAAGUAAGUAAAUAUUUACAAAGUGAAAAUUGUGAUUUAUUAUCUGCUAUGAACUACAUUAAAUCUCUUAGAUCUGCUAUUAAUGAUAUGUGUUCUGAAUGUAACUUUAAAUGUAUUUAUGACUUAACUGUUUCUAUGUGUACAAAUUUAGAUGUGACUAUACCAAAACCUAAAAAACGUAAAAUUUCACAACGAAUUGAUAAUCGUGGUAGUAAUCAGUUCUUUCCAGAUACAAAUGAACAAGAAGACAAGAAGUAA